AUGGAAAACAACAACAACAGCGCCUUGCGGCGCAAGGAUACCACCAAGGGCCCACCCCUCCGAAUAUUAUCGCUAGAUGGAGGUGGCGUGCGCGGAUAUUCGCUUUUCAUUAUUAUUCAAGAACUGAUGCACCGAACGUAUGUCGAGAUGGAAGGGAAGGCCCCGAGACGGGACCAGAUCCCCAAGCCUUGCGACCACUUCGAUCUUAUUAUCGGGACCGGGACGGGCGGGCUGAUAGCGCUGAUGCUGGGCCGGUUACGCCUGGAUUUGGAGACCUGCAAAGAGGUAUAUGUGCGAAUGACGCGGAAGGUUUUCGAAACCGAUAAGACGAUUGCUGGAAUACCGUACCGCUCCACGUUAUUCAAGGCAUCGAAACUCGAGGAGGCUAUUAGGGAGUGUGUUAGGGAACAUACGGUCCUCGUGAGCGAGGGGAAUGAUGGUGAGGAGCCUGCGGGGAUAUCAUCAGCCAGAGGCCCGAAUCGCCACACAAGCAAUGCCAGCGUUGCGAGCUUCAGUGCGCGUGGUUCCUCCGGUUACCAGAGCCGGCCAUAUUUGGCAGCAAGAUGGGGGAACCCCAACGCUAUGUUAUACGAUACCAGAGAGAAUAGGACUAAGACUGCUGUCACUGCCAUAUAUAAGGGAACACCUAAAGGCGGUUCUCCCGCUGUUCUUCGAUCAUACGACUCUCGAAAAGAGCCAUCGCCUGAGUUCAACUGUACCAUUUGGGAGGCUGGACGGGCAACUGCAGCGGCUGGAUUGGCAUUUAAACCUAUCCAGAUUGGACAGUCAGUAUUUAUUGAUGAAGGCGCUGGACACUUUAACCCUGCACCCGUCGCGCUGGACGAGGCGUGUGUGAACGAGUGGCCCGGCCGAGACGUUGGCGUCGUUGUCAGCAUCGGCACAGGCAAACGGCCAUCGGGGAGUGACCAAAAUCAACAUCUCUGGUAUGAAGGAUUUAUGGGCGAUUUUGCCGACGCGCGCCGGCGGUUGAUAGCAAAGAUCGAGGGGUGCGAAGAGACACACCAAUAUAUGAUCAAGGAAGGUCUCAACAAACGUGGAGUCAAUAUCGAGAAUUACUACCGCUUCAACGUUGAAAUUGGAGUUGGCGAGUUUGGCAUGAAUGAAUGGAAUCGACUGGCGGAUAUUAGUACCAAUACAAGGAAGUAUUUGGGGAAGAGUGCUAUCCAAGGAAUAACUUUGGAGGCGGCUGUCAAACUAGCCAAAAUCCACCGAGCGAAAGGACGCUUCGACAACGAAGGAGUAAUCGGCGGCGGCGGCGGCGGAGGAGCCUACAAGACCUUGUCUAAUGUCCCUGAAGCAUAUCCUGGCGCCGUCGAACUCCCAGCAGAUUAUCCCACGCAACCACUCCGAAGUCCGCCUGGACGACCUUCAUACGAAUCUGGACUUCGGGAAAUGUUGGAAGUGCCUGGACAACAGACGCACUCGCCAUCACCACGUUCGUCCUCCGAAAAUCAGGCACGCUAUUCAUCACCGCAAAUCCGCCCUAGCAGAUUCUCUACACAUAGCGUCGUAAACGAGAAUGGCGAUAAAUUCGUCCUGCACAGCCCUACCCCAAGCGAAUAUCUCACUGCUUCGGGUUCCGACAAAAUCUCCAUUAUGAACAUAGACGACGCUCCCAAGCCACCUCCACAAGUCACAACUCGGGUAGAGCCUCCUCCAUUACCGCCCAAAACCCCAAUCCAGGAUCCCGGACUACCAAUGGGUGGCGGAGCGAGGUUACCAUAUCCGCUUGAUGAUGGACCGCCGCCACCUGUCAAUAUGGCCGGGAAGCCAAAGUACGGAAGAUAA